AUGCUUUUCCCUAAUGUCAAUGAUUUUGUUGACUGUGCUGCCAUGAAUGCGUUUGUGGGAUACAAAAGUCGUUAUGAAAAUCCUGUCACUGCCAUUCUAACUGAGGUGUACGGGACUUUGAAUCAAUGUCAUGAGCUUAAGAGAAGGAAGAUGUUAUGUUGUUUACCGGUGUUGUAUGUAUGGUUCAUCUCUCGUGUGAGUAAGGGCAUUUUGAAUGCUACGUGCCCUGUGGAGGAGCUACUACAAUGUAAACCAGAGAUAAAAGGGGCCAAUGAAUGGGCACAACUCUGUGCAAGCUUAAGUGAGGAGAAGAUUAGAUGGUGUGCUUCUUGGCAGCAAGGAUCGCAUAUCAUAUACCAUUGUGGCAAUUACCCUAAUGUGCCCCUCAUGGGUAUCCGGUGUUGUAUUAAUUACAAUCCUUUGCUAGCACAAAGACAAUUUGGGUAUCCUAUGAGAGGAUCACCAACAUCGGCAUCCCUCGCCACAUUGCGAAUUUAUUACGAGGAAGGGACUUUUGCUGAAGUGCUUCACCAAAUUAGAGACGCUUGGGGCAAUAUUGUUCGUGCAGAGGGGGACCCAAGAUCGUGGACUGUUGAUGAAAGAAUUCCUUACAACCAAUGGCUCGCAGCAAGGGUUAAGGCAGUCAAAUUGCCAUUCAAGUUGAUUUCUCCAGACUCGAAUGUUGAAAAGAGGUUGUUGAAUGCUGAGGUUCAACAAGCGAAGUUGCUGAGGGCAGAACUAGAGAGGACGAAACAGGAAAAUGUCACGUUGACCAAUGACCUUCAAAACCUGCAACAAAAUUAUGCAAACCUCAAACAUGAUAAGAUGGAAAGCGAGUGGGUGCAUGAAGAGUUGAUAAGAAAGCAGAAACAAGACCUAACAUCAGUUAAUGCUGAGCUGAGGUGGAAAUCCAUGGAGUGCGGCAUAACAGAGAUAUCAGAGCGUGUUAGAAGAGACUUGUGUGGUGAAUUCAAGAGGGACAAGCAAGAAGCAUUGGAAAAGUUGUAG